UGCAGUUUGCAGCGGGUGUGACGACACGCAAACGUCUGAGAAAGUCUCCGAACCAAAACACAAAAUGUGAAGUGUUUCGGUUCGGCUUUUCGGCGUCCGUGUGUGUGUGGAAGCCUCGCGGACGGGCGAGGGCGUGACAGAGAGUGUUUUUAUCGCGCGGGGAUACGUGGGCUCGUGUUAAAAGGGGCCUGGGAUAGUCAUAAUAAUAGCCGCAGUGAAGGCGCAGCGUGCUUUCCACUUGAGUCACUGAGGGUUCAGGGAGUGAGCUGGGCUGAGAUGGCGGACUGAGUGCCCCGAAGUCGGCCUGCUGGUUUGGUUUUAGGCCGUGUGCUCACGUUUAGCUCGGUGUCUGAGUUGUUUCUUAAUGCUGUGCUGUUCACAAGAAGAGCUGGGCACACACUGGCUUUGGGAGAGCGGAGCAGCUGAGCAAUGACGGGCUGACGAGCUCAGGAGCUCCUCGAGUUUCAGGUUCUGCCCAAGGCCGACUCCUUUUUCCUUCCACAAUGCUGAGGUCCUGUUUGCUCAGAGCUGUGCAGCCAUGCAUGCCGGGUCUGAGAGGGCCGUAUGGGUGCACCAGUCCCAGGCAUCCCGCCCUGCUGUCCCUCCUGCAAAGAUGCUCCCUUGGAACCCACAAGCACAAAGAGAAACUAGAGCUGCUGAACUCUCCCAAAGGAGCCAAGGACUUUAUCUAUAGUCUUCACCCCACGGAGCGGAGCUGCUUACUCAAAGAGCUUCAGAGCUUUGAGUCCAUGGCCAUCGCUCAAGAGAGCGCCCCCUUUAGGCGAGGGCUCAGCAGGGACAAGGUUCAGGCGGAGGUGACUGAGGAGAAACUAGAGGCAUUGCCGCCAAACUCCAGCCAGCUGAGAUAUGUGCUCCUUCACAACGCCAUCCCCUUCGUUGGCUUCGGGUUUCUGGACAACGCCAUCAUGAUCGCUGCAGGAACGCAGAUUGAGCUGUCCAUUGGAGUGACGUUCGGAAUAUCAACUAUGGCAGCGGCUGCUUUGGGAAACCUGGUGUCUGACCUGGCUGGACUCGGACUAGCAGGUUAUGUGGAAGCUCUUGCUGCCAGGCUCGGGAUGCAGAUUCCUGAUCUUACGCCCAAACAGGUCGACAUGUGGCAGACCAGACUCAGCUCACACAUGGGAAAGGCCAUCGGCGUCACCAUCGGUUGCCUUCUGGGGAUGUUUCCUCUCUUUUUUCUCAGUGAUGAAGAUGAAGAGGAGACGAUGGACACUCCACUUACUACACCCACAGACUCUAAGUAAAUUUUAUGUAGUGUGCAGUAGGCACGGCCUAAUUAACACUAUUGACGUUUAUUAAUUAUGACGUUUUCUCAAUAUUUCACUAACUUAUUGGGAGAAGGAAAGUCUCUCUAUUAAUUUGAUUGCACUCAAGUUGUAGCGCCAAAAUGUGGGCAGCCUAUUGGUUUUUAGAGUAUUUUAGUAUUUUAAGGUAUGAAUUUGUACCCAAAAGAGAUUUAGGUGUCUACGGAUGCCAGUUAGCUAGUUGUUAGUUAAAUAAUCCCCAGACAGACAUUUUAAGCCAGCAAGUGCAAAAAUGGCACAAACCACAAAUUUUUAUGACUCAGUUGCAGAAUUGAAACUUUUAAUGAAGCUGUUUUCAAAAAGGAGUGCGGAGAAUCAGGGUAUCAUGAUAAUGUAUGAAUAUGACUAGUAUGAACAAAAACUGCAAUUAAAAUGCAGAGGCUUGUUUUAUUGGUCUCUUGGCAACAUAAUUUA